AUGGAACUUCACUCGCACCGUCAAUGGGUAGGCCCAUUUCAGAUAAUACACUGGCCGGAUCAGCCAGGCACGUAUGGCCGCGCAAAACAUGGUCUUACCUUGGAGGAUGCAAGUGUAAGAAUAUCGUGGUUCGGUAGUAUAGUACACCAAGCCCAUACCCUUCAAGCUGCUGCCAGGGGGGGGAUACCUGUCUUGCAUUGGUUUGAGACAGUGAACGACAAGGAAGUGAUGAUAAUGGAUACAGUGGGACCAACCUUGGAAGAAGUCUUCACCAAGUUGGGUCGUUACUUCGGCAUGCGCACCCUUCUUCUGUUUGCUGAGCAGAUGCUCGCGCGUGUGGAAUUUAUCCACUCCAGGAACAUUUAUCAUGGAAGCUUGGAUCCGUGGUCGUUUGCCCUUGGCAGCACCGGUUGGCACUCGUGGGAUGAAUAUUUACAGGAGGCCGGACCAAAUAUCCCCAGGGAUACUGCCCCUUUUAUAUCCACUUUCCUGCAUAAGGCGUCUGCUAGCAGGACUGUGGAUUAUCUGGUUUUACGAUUAGUCUUUCGCGAGGUCUAUCUCGAUCUGGCCACUCAUCUUGCAAUAGGCCAGAAUUUUAAAGGGCCCAGAGCGAUCUGCAAAGGCUUUAGUAUUGAUCCCGGUGCCCUUUCGACGAUGGAUACAAGCUCUCUCUUCGAAGCCUUGAGCUUGAAGCUUUCGAAGGCCGGGAAGCAGGUUCAAUUGCUUCAAGGCAUUCCUACCCAGCGGGAAUAUUCCCAGCUUUUCGAAUGUCUGGACGAGAUUCUCACUAUCUACGGCGUCCUCAUCACCCCUAUGGGAGCCUACCAUCUUCCCAAUCGUCUAUGGAGAGAUCUACGUUGGUUUAUGAGGAGCACCGAGCAUGAGAGGAUCGAGAUCCGACUUACACUGGUUGAGAAGAUAUACAAGUAUAUUGCAACCGAAUAUCUUCUGGCUCUGGCUUGUGCCAGAAAAGAUGUGGAACCUGGGUCGGGAAAACCUGCCUGGACUUAA